AUGGGGGUCUGUGGGUACCUGUUCCUGCCCUGGAAGUGCCUCGUGAUCGUGUCUCUCAGGCUGCUGUUCCUUGUACCCACAGGAGUGCCCGUGCGCAGCGGAGAUGCCACCUUCCCCAAAGCGAUGGACAACGUGACGGUCCGGCAGGGCGAGAGCGCCACCCUCAGGUGCACCAUUGACAACCGGGUCACCCGGGUGGCCUGGCUGAACCGCAGCACCAUCCUCUACGCCGGGAAUGACAAGUGGUGCCUGGACCCCCGCGUGGUUCUCCUGAGCAACACCCAAACCCAGUACAGCAUCGAGAUCCAGAACGUGGACGUGUAUGACGAGGGCCCGUACACCUGCUCCGUGCAGACGGACAACCACCCCAAGACCUCCCGGGUCCACCUCAUCGUGCAAGUAUCUCCCAAAAUUGUAGAGAUUUCUUCAGAUAUCUCCAUUAAUGAAGGAAACAAUAUCAGCCUCACCUGCAUAGCAACGGGCAGACCAGAGCCCACGGUUACCUGGAGACACAUCUCCCCCAAAGCUGUGGGCUUUGUGAGUGAAGACGAAUACUUGGAAAUCCAGGGCAUCACCAGGGAGCAGUCCGGGGACUACGAGUGCAGCGCCUCCAACGACGUGGCUGCACCCGUGGUGCGGAGAGUGAAGGUCACGGUGAACUAUCCACCGUACAUUUCCGAAGCGAAGGGGACAGGCGUCCCCGUGGGACAGAAGGGGACCCUGCAGUGUGAAGCCUCGGCAGUCCCCUCAGCAGAAUUCCAGUGGUACAAAGACGACAAAAGGCUGGCUGAAGGAAAGAAGGGGGUGAAAGUGGAAAACAGACCCUUCCUCUCAAAGCUCAUCUUCUUCAAUGUCUCAGAACACGACUAUGGGAACUACACGUGCGUCGCCUCCAACAGGCUCGGCCACACCAAUGCCAGCAUCACACUCUUUGAACUAAAUGAGCCCACAAGCUCAACUUUGUUGCAAGAAGUGAAACCUACAGCCCUGACCCCUUGGAAAGGCCCCGGCGCAGUCAGCGAGGUGAGCAACGGGACGCCGAGGAGGGCGGGCUGCCUCUGGCUGCUACCUCUCCUGGUCUUCCUCCUGCUCCAGUUUUGA